UUUUUAGCCUUCUCUUAUCCUUCUCACACUUAUCACUAUAAGGAAAACCAACUUGGACAAUAGAUUGAAGCCAUGGAUGACGAGAGAAACCACAACACAUCUCCUUCGUCUUUCCCAUAUUUGAGCAAGCAGUUGGCGAGAUCAACUCUCGAAGGAAGCGCCGACGUUCCCGUGGUUGAUCUAAGCGUUUCUGAUGAAGAGCUUUUAGUGCAUGAGUUGACGAAAGCGAGCCAAGAAUGGGGAGUUUUUCAGGUGGUCAACCAAGGGAUUCCAACGGAGCUGAUGCAGCAACUGCAAGUGGUUGGGAAGCAGUUUUUCGACCUCCCGGAGGCAGAAAAGGAAGCUAUGGCCAAAGGGGAGGACUUCGAAGGAUACAGGAGGAACUAUCUAGAAGGUAUUGAGGCUUGGGACGAACAUCUCUUUCACAGACUCUCCCCGCCCUCAAUCGUCAAUUAUGAAUAUUGGCCUAAGAAUCCUCCCCAAUACAGGGAGGUGAAUGAGGAGUACACAAGGCAUAUGAAGAAGCUAACGGAGAAAAUUCUUGGUUGGUUAUCAGACGGACUAGGGUUACCCUCCGUGGCGUUGUUGCAAAGUUUAGGUGGCGAAACGGCAGAGUAUUUGAUUAGGAUUAAUUACUACCCGCCGUCUCCAAAACCGGAAUUAGCCUUAGGAGGCGCGGCCCACACCGAUAUAGGGGCAAUCACGCUCCUCAUCCCCAAUGAGGUUCCUGGUCUACAAGUCUUCAAGGACGAACAAUGGCUGGGCGUAAACUAUAUCAACUCCGCUUUGGUUGUUUUCAUCGGCGAUCAACUCAUGAGGAUUAGCAACGGGAGGUACAAGAACGUGCUUCACAGACCAACGUUGGAUAAAGAAAGGUUGAGGAUUUCGUGGCCGUUUUUCGCUGCGCCUAGGGAUGAUAUGUCCGUCGGACCUUUGCCAGAGCUUACCGGAGACGAGAAUCCUCCAAAAUUCCAGACUAUAGUUUAUAAAGACUAUUUGAAGGAGACGAUGAAAAACUGGGCGCUCGACAAGCUUUAUAGCUUAUAAAGAAUCCUCUCUACUGAAAACCCUACAAACCCUUAAACAAGGAAUCCCUCAAUAAUUUAUGAUCAACUGUACAAGUGUUCGUACUAUCUGAUUUCGUGUUUGUUUUAUUUGUU